CAAGGCUUUCCCUCUGCUUUUACCCCCCCGCGCCGCCGCCGCCUCCGCAAAUCACCACCACCCUUUCCCCUUCAAAGCCACUUCUUCUAUUCUCUCUCUCCCUCCCUCAACGUCCCCCCUAAAUCCAUUCUUUACCCAUCUCCCUUCUUCCCAGAAUCCCUCAGGACUACAAUCAAGCUGGCAGGAAGUAAGCGCCGAAGUUUUUCUAGCCAGGGUGGGUUGCUGAACCGAAUGUUCAGUGGCUCCUCGAGCCCACCCAAAGAUAGAUCCGACACAACAAUUGCCCGCUCCGGUGCUAUUGACACGCCGCCUCUAAGCAUCCGCACCGAGGAUUCCAGCACCCCCAAGAAGUUCUCUCCCCCGGGCGGCUUCUUCACACGGCGGACAAGCGAGGAUCACGCUCCGGGCAGCGAGAAGAAGCGCCGUAGUAGCACGGUCACGAAAGCGGCCUCCUUCUUCACCAGCGCCAAGAACUCCUUGAGCCUGUCAAGCAGUCCCCGUGAGAACUCCUUCACCUAUACCAUCCAGGAGCAGCCAGGCGUGGCCAAGUUUGGGAGCAUGGACCCUGCCCUGAGUGUUCCUCAAGGGUCAUUAAAUAACUCGGCUGGUGAAUCGCAUCCCACUGCACGCUCGUCUUUCAGAGUCGGUGUUACCGAGGACAAAAACCGAAAAUGUCGCCGGACUAUGGAAGAUACCCAUGCCUAUUUGUACAACUUCCUGGGGACUCCCGCACUCUCAGCCCAGGGUGAGACGGGCACCAAAGCGAUAGCCAUCCCAAGCGGCACCUCCUCCACAUCCGAGAGAUCCACCAGCGUGGUUGAAACCGACAACGGAUACUUCGCCAUCUUCGAUGGGCAUGCGGGCACAUUUGCGGCCGAGUGGUGCGGAAAGAAGCUGCAUCUGAUCCUCGAAGAUGUAAUGCGCAAGAAUCCUACCACUCCGGUCCCGGAGCUUCUGGAUCAGACCUUUACUAGCGUAGAUCAACAGCUGGAAAAGUUGCCUUUGAAGAACAGUGGCUGUACCGCAGUCAUUGCGCUGUUACGAUGGGAAGAUCGAGUGCCCAGCUCGCAUUCCGCCACGGGGUCAUCGGCUCUCGCAUCCGCCGCCGCAGCCGCCGCCAAGGCCGAUACCGAUUCCGAUGAAGCGGGCGAUACGCCUACUCAGGCUGCCGUCUCGGGCGCACUGCCCAAAUUACAAGAAAAGGCUGCUCGUCAGCGCGUUCUAUACACCGCCAAUGUGGGUGACGCACGUAUCAUCUUGUGCCGCAAUGGCAAGGCACUACGUUUGUCGUACGACCACAAGGGCAGCGACGAGAACGAAGGAAAGCGAAUAGCAAAUGCCGGAGGUCUCAUUCUGAAUAAUCGCGUCAAUGGCGUUCUUGCUGUGACCCGAGCUUUGGGCGAUGCGUACUUGAAGGAUCUCGUGACUGGACAUCCGUACACCACAGAGACGGUGAUUCAACCAGAGUCAGACGAGUUCAUCAUCUUGGCCUGUGAUGGGCUCUGGGAUGUGUGCAGUGAUCAGGAAGCUGUCGACCUGAUCCGGAAUGUUCCCGAUGCCCAGGAAGCGUCCAAGAUCCUGGUCGAUCAUGCCCUUGCGCGGUUCAGCACCGAUAACCUCUCUUGCAUGGUCAUCCGGUUCGAUACAGAACGCGUCAAGGAAGUCGUAAACCGUACAGCUGAACCCAUCGGCGUCGAAGGCGAUCAAGUAACCGAACACGGCGUCAGUGAGGCUGACAAGAUUGUUGAGUCGGCUCGCAAGAGCAUGGCCAACGCGGGACUGGCCGACAACCCAGAGAAGGCCGAGAAAGUCCAGGAGGAAAUCUUCGAGAAAAUGGCGAGCGAACAACCCGAGCCUGCGCCACCGGUUAAGGAAAAGGAAGACAGUAAUGCCGCCGCAAUUGCGGAUAAGCUGAAAGUGCCUGAACCCCGGAAUCCAACUGCAUAAGCACUUUGGAGUGAAAACUACAAUGCUGUGUGAUUUUCUGCUUUAGGUCGAUAGAAGGACUGGGGCGCUGCGUCCCGGCCCAU